AUGGCGGCGGCCACCGCAGCCUUCUCCUUCUCCUCCUCCUCCUCCUCCGCCGCGCUGCUGCGCCCGGGCUGGGCGUCCCUGAGGCGGUGGCGAGCCCUCGCUCGCAGCACCAGCAGCUUCCCUAGCAGCGCCGCCAGCGACGAAGCAACCGUUAUCUCAGGGACAAAGCUUGCUCACCAGGUCUUGAAAGAAGUCCACAGGGACGUGGAAUCCUGGACAUCCGCUGGGAACCAGAGGCCUCACCUCACUGUCGUCUUAGUGGGAGACAACCCGGCCAGUCACAUCUAUGUCAGGAACAAGAUAAAAGCAGCUGCAGCUGUGGGCAUUUCUAGUGAGAUCAUACUGAGGCCUAAAGACAUUUCACAGGAAGAGCUUCUGGACAUGACAGUAAAACUCAACAGGGAUUCAAGAGUUAGUGGUUUACUAGUUCAGCUACCUCUCCCAGGUCACAUCGACGAGCGGGCAGUCUGUAACGCCAUCGCCCCCGAGAAGGACGUGGAUGGAUUCCAUAUCAUGAACAUCGGGCGGCUGUGCCUGGAUCAGCCUUCCAUCGUCCCUGCCACUGCUGCUGCCGUCUGGGAAAUCAUCAAACGGACGGGAAUACAAACAUUUGGAAAAAAUGUUCUUGUAGCUGGAAGAUCUAAAAAUGUUGGAAUGCCUAUUGCAAUGCUUUUACAUAGUGAUGGAGAGCACGAAAGGCCUGGAGGUGAUGCUACAGUGACCAUUACUCACAGAUACACCCCAAAAGAGCAGCUCAAGAUCCACACGCAACUCGCUGACAUCGUAAUAGUUGCUGCAGGUAUCCCAAAGUUGAUUACAGCUGAUAUGGUCAAAGAAGGUGCAGCUGUGAUUGACGUAGGCAUCAACCAUAUCCAUGAUCCUCUUACAGGAAAAACCAAAUUAGUUGGGGAUGUGGACUUUGAAGAAGUGAAGAAGAAGGCUGCCUUUAUCACUCCGGUGCCGGGAGGGGUAGGACCUAUGACUGUUGCAAUGCUUCUGAAGAACACACUCCUGGUCACUAAAAAGCUCAUAUACUAGAGCAAACGGGUUACCUUGGAAGAAGAAUCGGAUUUGUUCUAUUUAUUGAUACACAAAACAUUUAUUUUUUACUACAGAUAUAUUUAUUUCUACAUUGUAUUUAUUUUUUCAUGUCAAGUAUGUUAAAUUUGAUGGCUUAUAAGAUGUUCAAAUACUUUGUAUUACCUCCUACUGACUUAUUGGGAGCAAAAACGACUUGGAGGAUGCAGCCUACACAUGUAUGUUGGUGGUGGUGGUCAAUUACGUGUUUGAGAAUCAAGAAUGAAGCAUAAAUUACAACUGUAGCUACAUAUUGGGGCAGUUAUCAAGGCUUGUAAACACUUGGGACCUGCUCAAACAAUACAAAAACUAAAACAUGCUAGAUAUCUUUUAAGUACGUGGUUUGGGUUCUGAGGUCACUAAGCACUCGGGAUGUAGUUCAGAGUCCUUGAGUAAUUUUUUGAACACUUAGAGCCAGCAGUGUCCAGGCACUAAUGUUGACAUGAGGGCAAAUGUUGGAGAAAUGUUUUAAAAUAGUCCAAUAAGCUUGAAUGCUGGUGAAAUUCUGACUUUAAGCAUCUGCAAGAGGUAAGCAUGAAUAAGUAGCUAGAGUAGAGAUUGAAAUUGGUUUUUUCCUUCAUGUCUGGACAAAUUUUGGUGCAUAAUAUCCCCAUCUCACAAAAACUCAAACUUGAGUAGUUGAUUGAAAUUGAGUGGAAUUGAGUGGAAUGUAGUUAAAGUUGCUGUAUAUGUACAACAUAUGUAGUGCAGCAGGAGAUGAAAAGCAGGAGAAAACCAAAACUUCAUCCCUGAUUAAAUAUUUGUGUUGGAACUUUAAGCCAUUUGAUUAUUCUCUUAUUUUGUGAAACUGCAUGAAGAGGGCUUUUUAUAGUCCCUGUUGUAAGCCUUGGCUUCAAUGGCCACAAUAUUUGGCUGCUUGUAGAAGAGCAUGUGGGAUAGGAUCAGUAUGUUUCUAUUCCCAAAAGUUGGUCCCUGAUGGAUCUAGAACAGUAUGCAGUGUAGAAGUUGUAGUAGAGUUACUGCUGAGAUGCCUGUUCAGCUGAGUGUGUGCUCUGGUGACAUUCCCACUGAAGGCAGUGGUAGACAGUUUGGGGAUCGAUCUCCGUGUUUUUAUCUCAGCUAGGAUUAGUGGUUUAUUUUCAUCAGGAGCCUUAGGAGUUUGCUAGUGGGCUGUAGGCGACUUGGAAGGGGAAGGAAAAAGACUAUGUCUGAGUUGUAUUGACAUUAAAGGGAAAAAUGGACUUCUGUGAUAAAGAAGGCAAGGUGGAGCAUCAUUUCCGUGCUGACUGUUCUCUUGAUGGACUUUGAGAGUUUGCUUUAGCACAGUGUUUGCAGAAGUUGACAGGAUGAUUACUAAAUAUCUAAUGCCAGUGGUGCAGACAUUUGCUCAUCUUUUUAAAUGUAAGUGGUAAUAUGAGUGGUAGGAGGAUCAAGGCAGCUAUGGAGACUGUACUUGGACCGAUCAAGCCAUGACUGAGAGAUGGAAUAAAACUUGUUCACUGUUA